AAUAUUGAAGCUGGAGAGUGGAGAUUGAACAUGGACGGUUACUCUCUCUCUACCUCGGUAAUCUCGCUCAGAUCCUCCCACGUUCCUCUUCGCCUCUUACGCUUUGCGUGUUUCCUAAAAAGUUCACUUCACCUCCAUCGUCGCCGGUUUCUCUCUUCACUAAAACGGUGGAGAUCUGAUGCGAUUACUCUCGAAUCGCAUUUACGCUCCUUAUUUCAAGCGACUAUUGAGCUGUUAAAGUGUAAUUUUCUUUCAUACUCUCAACCAUUCGUAUCUUCGAUUCCACGAAUUGUGGAGAAGAUAACUUUUCUGCGCGAUUCUUCUACAGGAAUUAGUUAUGACUGCUGUAAAUCUUGAAUCGGUUGUUUGCCAUGAACCUGACGAGUAUGAAUCAGAGCUGGAUCGUUUCAGUGAUAAUGGUGGUAAAAGCGUUGUCUAUCAACUCCUCGAUCAAAUCCACAACCAUGACAAGAGUUCAGAACGUAGAAGCUUAGGUGAAAGGUUUCUCAGAUGGAGACGGAGAUAUCUUCCGGUUGGUGGAGAUAACAGACGUGACCACGGGUCAGGGAAACAGACAGGACCACUUGUGUCUGGAGCAGCUUACUGCAUCUCUUCCUGCAGCAUGAUAAUAAUGAACAAAAUUGUUCUCUCCAGCUAUAAUUUCAACGCAGGAGUCUCUUUGAUGUUAUAUCAAAACUUAAUCAGCUGUCUGGUGGUAGCUGUACUAAAAUUCUCUGGAGUGGUUUCAGUGGAAAAAUUUAAUUGGAAGUUGAUCAGAGUAUGGAUGCCUGUCAAUGUUAUAUUUGUGGGCAUGCUCAUCUCAGGGAUGUACAGUUUGAAAUACAUAAAUGUUGCUAUGGUGACUAUUCUGAAGAAUGCAACGAAUAUUAUGACAGCGAUAGGGGAAUUAUACAUGUUCCGCAAAAGGCAGAACAACAAGGUUUGGGCUGCAAUGUUCAUGAUGAUCAUCUCUGCAAUCAGCGGAGGCAUCACGGAUCUCACUUUCAAUGCAGUCGGGUACACGUGGCAGACUGCCAACUGCGUUCUAACCGCAAGUUAUUCACUUACUCUGCGUCGAGUCAUGGACAAAGCAAAACAGUCAACAAAAUCUGGGUCCCUUAAUGAGGUGUCAAUGGUGCUGCUGAAUAAUCUCUUGUCACUACCGUUUGGCAUCAUCCUGAUCAUCUUACUGGGUGAAUGGAGAUACGUAAUAAGCACUGAUGUGACAAAAGAUGCAAUGUUUUGGGUAGUCGCAACAGCAAGUGGCUUCCUCGGUUUGGCCAUCAGCUUCACUUCGAUGUGGUUCUUGCAUCAAACCGGACCCACAACAUACAGCCUGGUGGGUUCAUUAAACAAGGUUCCGAUAUCAUUAUCUGGUCUCGUACUUUUCAAUGUCCCUCUCAGUCUCCCAAAUUUGUUCAGCAUUCUUUUUGGUUUAUUUGCCGGAGUGUUUUUUGCCAGAGCUAAAAUGUCAUCAUAAUCGUAUUUCCAAGCCGGAGUAGGAGACUGUUCAGAGGCUGAAGUCUGAAGACAACAAAUAAACACUAAAACAGAUCAGAAACUUAAGAGGUUUCUCGAUCUGCAUGCAGCUAAUAGUUACAACUUGGAAUACAUUUUAUAAAAUAUACAAGGUAGAAUAUAGGGAUAUACAUAUAAAUUCAAUAUUGGAAUUUUGGAAAUUUCGAGAUGCCUUGGCGGCUUAACCAAAUAUGCCGAAAAAAAAGGAGGUAGAGGAUUUAUCGUUUUUCUGUUUGGAGAGUGUAGAAUUUUUUCUGCGGCCCACUAAGGCUGUUUA